GUUACAACAACUAUACCUACUACAACAGUAUCUGAUUCAAGACAGGAGAGUCCAACAGGUUCCCAUGAAUCAGCUGAUAUGGAAGUGUUAGCUGAUGCUCUACAUGAAAGUCCUGCACAGAGUGUUCACAGUAGUCAAGGUUCAGGACCACCACGAGAAUCAACACAACAUAUCUCCUCUCUAGAAUUAGAGAAUAGACUUUUACGUAAUGAAGUUGCCUCCCUUAAUACAGAAAUGGCUUCACUGUUACAACGAUCAAAGGAAGCACAAACAGAAUUAGAAAACGCUAAAAUGAAGGUGAACAAGAGUAAUUCUGAGAAUGAUCAAGUUGUGAGAGAAUUAAGAGCUAGAGAAAAUGAUUUAACUGAAGCCCUGGCAGCGAAAGAUUCCCAGUUAGCCAUUUUACGUGUUCGACUAGAAGAAGCUGAUAAUUCAGUGACAAGUAUGAAACAACAGAUAGGUGGGCUACAGACCCAGAGAGAAAGAAUACUACAAGAUCAUACAGAUUCUAGUGGUAUGCACAGUCAGGCUCUCGAUUCAUUAAAAGACAGAUUAACAGAAGUUGAAGCAGCGUUAAAAAGGGAACAAGAGGCUUACAAGAAAGCUCAGCAAGAAGCUAGUGAAAGACAGAGUAAAUUAGAACAAGAACAACAAACAUUAGCUGAAGCUUUAACACAAGCUGAAAGAAGAGCUAGUGAAGAAAAAAGUAAAACAACAGAGGCUUUUAACCAGGUAAAGAUGGCUAAAUUAAAUCUGGAAACAGCCAGACAAGAAUUAACAGAUUAUAAAGAAAAAGCUGCCAGAAUAUUACAGUCUAAAGAACGUUUAAUUGCUAGUUUACGUGAAGGACCAGGAGCAUCAGGUGCAUCUGGUGGUGUAUCAUCUAUAGAAUAUGAUUCUGUUAAACAAGAACGAGAUAUGUUUAGAGAAGAAUUACAACAAAGUAAAAUGACAAUUGAAACGCUGAGAGUCGAACUACAGGAUAUAGAAGGUCAAUUACAACAAGAAAGUUAUACAUCAUCAGAACAUAUUCAAUCUCUAGAAGAAAAUCUUGGCGAAGAAAAACGACGUAGAGAAGAUUCCGAACAAGAAUUACUCAAACAAAAACAGGAAUUACAAUAUGCAAUAGAUGAAAUAAAUAAACAGAAAACAGCUUUUACAUCACAGUUAUCAUCCAGAGAAUCAGAGAUAGAAAAACUUAGAAAUCAGUUAACAACUAAAAGUUUAAGCAGUGUUACAGAAAGUGAAUUAGAAUCUCGCGUUCGAGCUUUAACAGAAAGUUUAAUACAAAAACAAACAGUUCUAGAAUCUCUGAGUACCGAGAAAAACUCACUCUCUCUUCAACUUGAGAGAUUAGAGCAACAAUAUAGAGAUGUAGAGAUAUCUAGUGCUAGAUCAGCUACUACAUCUGUUAGUAUGAAUGAUGAUGAUGAUGUUCGCCAGAGAGUGCCGAUAUUUAUGAAGGAAGCAGCCAGUGAUACUGAAGUUACACGUAGAGUAAAAAGAGCUGCUAAUGGUAUUGAUAGAUUCAGCAUCCGUUUGGGAGUAUUUUUAAGAAGAUAUCCAAUUGCACGUGUAUUUGUUAUUGUAUAUAUGGGUUUAUUACAUUUAUGGGUUAUGAUUGUUUUGUUGACAUAUCAACCAGAGAUACAUCAUCAAACUAAACAACCACAUGAACCAUAAAAUACAGGGAACACACUCUUAAAUAAUACAUGACUUACGGUACAGUUGUUAAUAAAUCAUGUUAGAACUGGAACUUACAAGUAUACAAGUUUCCUCUAUCAACAGUCUUGCUGGAUGUUUAUAUUCUGUCUUUUUCAUCUUAUCUAUUCCACCAAUGUGCUUGAUAGUUAUCAUCUAUCCAGUCUGUGAGGUAUCAUAUAUUCCACCAACAAAGACAACAUGUGCUCGAUAGUUAUCCACUGUCCCCAUUAUCCAGUCUGUGAUGCAUGUUGAAUCGACCAGGUUUUAGUAUACUAUACACUGUGAUAAAAGAAACUUGGUAUACUGUGGUAGUUGUGAAGAAAUUACCAGGUGGUAGUCUAUAUUAAAUUUCAUAUCUUUUUUCUAUAGGAAGAAAAUUAUCUUAAAAGAGCUCUAGACUGUUUUUGUUAAUUUGUCUUAAGGUUAAACCAAGAUCUAUUCUAUUCCUGCUGCCAGUCAGCAUUAUAUGUACACUGUCUGUAGUAGAUCAAGAUGGAAAAGCCCUGAUUGUCUCAAUUGAGUAAAUGUCUUUUUUGUAUGAUUUAAAGAUUGAAAAACAGAAUUUGGUGUUAACUUUAUACCUGAACUCGAUAUACAGCCUUCCGGUAUUAAAUAUAUACUAUUUAUUAUUUGUAUGAGUAAUUUACGAGAAAAAAACUUCUUAAAUAUAAGCAAAUUAUUUCUUUUGCACAUACAUUAUUCAAGAGCUAAAUCUGCCUAUUUCAGGUCUUUCUUUAGGCCUGAAAUGUUAUCUAAAUUAUUAAUUAGGCAUUAAUUAACUUAACCAGACCAUAAUCAACUCUCGAUGGCAUCGCUAGCCUGCAAUGUUUAUUGGAUUAGGUUCCGAUUUUCCAUUCAUUAUUAAAUCAUGAAAUGGAUAAUCGAGACAAUGUUUUUUAUCCUACCGACUUUAGUAAUAAUGAUCGAGGCUAGGCCGAAAAUUCUAUCUCUAAAAUCUUGGUUCAUAGUGGAUCAAUUUGACUGAAAUUUUCAGCAAAUUCCCUUUACAGAAUCUAGUUUUUAACUAUUAUAGUGAGAACUACCAGCUCUCUAUCUGAUCUCCCAUAAUGUAUCUUGUUUAUUGUUUAUUAAACAUCCAUUAUGCAAGAGCUAAAUCUGCCUAUUGCAGGUCUUUCUUUUGGGCCUGAAAUGUUAUUUAAAUUAUUAAUUACACAUUAAUUAACUUCUGAUGCCAUCGUUAGCCUGCGAUAUUUAGUGGAUUUGAAUAAUUUUUGUGAUGGAUGAUUUAACGUAAAAAUGGAUAAUCAAGAUUUUGUUUAUUAUUGUACCAACGGUAGAAAUGACGAUUGAUUGAGGCUAGCCUAAAAUUGAAUGAAUUGCUAAUAUCUUGGUUCAGAGUGAAGCAAUUUGACUGAAAUUUUCAGCAUAUUCUGUUUUCAUUAUCUAUUGUUUAACUAUUAUAGCAAAAACUGCCAGCUCUUUAUCUAAUAUAACCUGCUAAUGCCCAUUAACGUUAUAAAUCAUGAAUUAUUUAAAUUGACUGAGUUCCUGAUGAGGAUGAACUUUGUAACUUACGGCUGAUGUUCAAGUGACAGUAGCAACGAUUUCUAUUUUUUAGCUUUAUGCAGUCAUUGUCACGAUUGAUACACAUGUAGACAUCGGCCGUAAAUUAUCAGUUGUGUUUUUUUUAUAUAUUGUUAUUGUUUAGUAAAUUUUUCUGUCAAGUUAUUUAACAUGUAAAUAUUGGUGUAUAUAAGAUCUAUUUUUAAAUCAGAUAUUAUAUUAUGUAUAUAUUGUAAAUAAUAUGUAUCUUUAUAUCCAUGGGAAAUAAUGGAGUAUGGUAAACACAAGAAUAUUGAGCUACAAUGUAAGGGCACCAAUGUAAUCUCCACCAUUCGUCACGACUGAGACAUGUUAGUGUUGUUUUAGCUACUACAGUCAUUGCAAACCAAAUUUGACAAAAUUAUUCUGUUUUUAGUUGUCAGACACAAAAUAUUAAACAAUGUUAUGUUUUAGACUGAAGUCAUAUCAAACGUUUAUAUCGACUUGCUAAAUCAAUUUGUAUGUAGUUGAGAUGACAUGUGAUAGUAUAGUCGACUUCAAAGUACUUUGAUGAGUUCGUUAAAUGCGCCAUGUGCCGAUUAGCUGUAAACAAUUCUUGUGGCUGGACAUAGUUGAAAAAAACAUGAUCGCCCGAACAAAUUGUCAAAUCGCACCUAGAGGUGAUUUGGCAAUUUGUGGUAAUCGCUUCGAAAAUCGGUGUCGAUAAUUUUGUUGGUUAGGGUAACCAUUUUGAAUUAGAUUAAAGUUAAAGAUUAAAAUUUGACUGAAUGCAAAUCACUUUGGACAAUCAUUGGUUGAUAAAAAUGCUUAUAACACGAUGAUUUGCUUAUGUAAUUUUGACAUUGUGGUAAAGAACUGUGGGAUAUUGGCAAUAUAUACAUGGUAUAAAUAUUUUUAUAAUGAAGUUAUAUUUAUCAAAAUAUUUGGGUAUAAAUACUGAUAUCAUGGGUGAUAAUUUAAUUAUUCGUGGGUUAUUAUCAAUGUUCUAUACUUUAUAGGUCUACAUGUAUUAUUAUAAUUUUAAAGCUUGUAGUCUUGCCUUCACAUUUAUUUUUUUCAGCAUUCAUAUUAUAACCUGGUGACCAUUACUAAAUAUUUAUGUGCAAUAUAGAAAACUAUAUAUUCACUUUUUAUGUCAAUUCUCAGUAAUUAUAGAUUAGAAAUAUAGAAUUCUGGAAACAGGAUUAUGAAAUUAGGGGGAGAGAGAGUGCAAUUAAAAUUUGGUCUUUAAUACUGUGGUUUGAAUCAUGGUCUAUAGAUCACCAAGUCGAAACUUUUAACGACUUCUAACCUUCCAUUCUAAUUAGCAUAAAGUAUGAUCUUUAUUUUAUUGCUGUUUUAAUUUUGUUUGGCCUUCAUGAGCUAGAUGAAAUUCAGGUCAGGUUGACACAAAUUUAUUAAAUAUGCUGUUGUGUAAAUGUAGAAACCAUAAAAUCAAAAGUAUGGUCGAAUUUGAUGUAUUUACUAGAGGUAUAGUGAAUCUAGCAAAAUAUAUAAUGCAGUCUGGCAAGUAUGGUCGAAUUUGAAGUCUGGGGGUAUAGUGAAUCUAGCAAAAUAUAUACAUGUAAUGCAGUCUGACAAGUAUGGCCCAAUUUGAAGUAUUUUCUGGGAGUAUAGUCAUAGUGAAACUAGUAAAAUACAGGAUGUAUUCUGGAAAGAUACAAUUGACAUAUAACUUGGAAUAUAAAAAUAUUUGAUGGUUAGCUGGAAUGACUUCAGCCUAUGGAACGGAUCAUGAUGUCAUAGUCGCCAUUUUCUAAUUGUGAUGUCACAUCUAAAAAAAAUGGAAGUCUGUCAAUUGAAGCGCAAUUGUCCAAGGAACAAGCAUGCCAAGUUUCAUGUCGAUCUUGAAUUGACAGAGUACCGGUAUUAGGCUUUUCUCCAAGAGCAAAAAAAAAAAAGGAAAUACAAGGCAGAGAGCGCUUGUGUUUCAAAAAUCCAUUGUGAUAGAUGUAACCAAUUAAACCUGACUAAAUCCAUAAUAAAACUGUUAUAAAUAAACAUUGUUUAUGUAUAAUAUGAAGUUAUGUAAUUGUUAUAUUGUUGAUAUAUUAUUGAUUUUAUCAUCUGUGUAUAUAUAUAUGUACAUUGUACUGGUGGACAAAAAACUAAUAAAAUUUAAAAUAACA